AUGCCGAGCUUUGUGAGCGCGACCCUUUUUGCGCUCGCAGCCUGCCCGGCCGCGGGCGUCCGCGUCUCUCGACCCGCGCUGGCGCACGUGCGCGCGAGCACGCAGUCACGACGCGAGGCGGUCCGAGGUGCUGCGCUCGCGGCGGCAGCUGCGCUGGUAGGCGCCUCUGCGCCGGCUUUUGCGGAGAAGAGCAAGGGCUACAUGACCAUGGAUGAGUACAACAAGCUGAAGGCUCGCGAGGCCAAGGACCAGCGGCUGUACGGCCAGUUCGAGGCGCUGCGGACGCGAGCCAGCCAGACAAGCGAGUUCAACAAGCUGGCGGAAUCGGGCGACUUCAGCAAGCUGUCGGAACUUUCGCGCGGCUGGGAGGCGACCAUCCGCAAGGAGCUGCUCGAGGCGGCCGCCAAGGAGCUGGAGGGCGAGGCCAAGCAAAAGGGCCAGGACAUCAACAAGCUCGUGCUCGCAGAUCUCAAGGGGAUCGAUAAGCUAGCCAAGGCGGGCGCCGGCGACGAGAUGUCAACAACCACGGUCCGCGUCCACUACAUUCGUCACGGCGAGUCGCAGUGGAACGCUGAGCAGCAGGCGGCCCGCCGGCGCGGCGUCUCAGAGUCCUUUGUGCGGACGCUUGCCGCAGAGCCCCGCUUCACUGACUCGCCGCUGUCCGAGACUGGCGUCAGGCAGGCCAUCAGUCUCCGGGCGCGUCUCAUGGAGGGCUCGGACGGGCUCGCGGCCGCGCUGCGCUGCGCGGCGGACGGCUCUUGCGCCGCGCCCACGCUGAUCGUCAGCAACCUCCGUCGCGCGGUCGACACGGGGCUGCUCGCGCUCCGCCACCUCCUCGACGCGCGGGAAGACCUUCGUGUCGCCGUCCUCCCCGCGCUGCAAGAGUCGUGCCACUACGCCGACUGCGGACCGCUCCCGCUCGCGGCCGGCCUGCGCCUAGAGCCGCCGGUUAUCUCGGCCGCCGCGGCCAUCGAGGCUGCGCGAGAGUCGGCAGAGGCUGCGAUGCGGCACGUGGUGGGGACGGCGGAGGCGCACGAGGAGGCGGAGGCGGAGGAGGCUCUCUCGCGCGCGACCCGCCACUCCGUCGUCGGGACUGCCGUCCGCCCGCUUCUCGCCCGGCUUGGCGCGGUCGGCUCGGAGCUGCUUUCCGGCGGCGGCGCGGCUGGCGGCGGCGUCAUCGCCGGUCACUCUCGGCUGCUGCGAGAGCUGCUGUGGGCUUUCAGCACGGGCCAGGAUGCGGCACGCUUGUCCGUGCCCCUCGCCCUCGGCGGUGGGAGCGGCGGCGUGGUCGCUGGCCUCCGGUGGGACGGCGGCGCGGCCGACGGCGCGUGCGCCUCCCUCGCAUCGGAGCACACCAAGUUGAGCAACUGCGGCGUCGUCUCCUUCGACCUCGUGCUUGAGCGGCCCGUCGGCGCGAAGGCCACCCUCACCCUACGCGGCUGCUCGGUCGACGGAGUGGUCACGUCGAGACGUGCGCAUGCGGCGCACGUGCUCGUGCGGCGCAAACGGCUUCGCGUCGAGUGUGGCAUCGGCGUCGGCAACAGCGGCGCUUGCGGCCCCGGGCCGCACGAGCAGGUGGUGAUCAUCCCGACGGUGCUAAAGGGCCUCAACAACCAGCGCAUGCGCCUCGUGUCAGACAUCGUCGGCGCGAUGCUCAUCGGCGCGGCGCAGUACGAGCUUGUCCUCCCGAUUUGGAAGAUCUUCGACCGGGACGCGGCGCUGAGCGCGCUCAAUGCGACGGGCAGGGUGUCUCCCCAGUCGAGCUGCCGCGUCUGCCGCGUCCACGCCGACGAGGGCGGCAAGCCGCGUCCGCUGCGUAUGCCGAUCGCCGCGUCGCAGCUCGAGCGCCUCGCGAUGACCGGCCGCCUCGUCAGCAGUGACGGCAAGCCGCUGCGCCGGAUCAGCUUCGGCGGCCCCUCCGACUGUUGCGUGCUCUUCGUGCUCCGCGCGCGCCAGCUCUUCCGCCGCGUGAACAAUGCGCUCAUCACGAGCACCGCGAUGCGUGGCGUCGCCGCCGCCGCCCUCUCGCGUUUCCGCGACUCCGCCGGCAUCGGCCCGGGCGGGCACGCGCACACGCUAGCGCUGCAUUGGAGCGCGGAGACGGACAUGAGCCGCUCGGAGCACAAGCUCGACACCGCCGCCUACCGCUCCGGCGUCAUCCGCGCGCUCGUAGGGGUGGACGCGGGGAAGGCGCUGGCGCGUCGGGUGUCGCGGUGCGAGGUGGCGGCUGUCUGCUAUAGCCGCAGCCACUCCCAGCUGCUCGGCAGCAGCGAGUCGGCCGGCGGCGGCGGCGAUUUGCUGCGGCGUGUCGAGCGGCUGGAGGCCAGCCUCAGCGCGGCGACCGAGUCAAGGCCGGCAGAGGUCACCUCACGCGAUCUGGAGUGCUACUCCGAGCGCUACGCUGACCUCAAGUCCAUGCAGGGCGAUCUCGCGCGGCUGAGGAAGCACUGGAAGCAAAAAGGACAGUCUGAGGGACGAACGAUGGGCUGCUCCAUGACCGUGGAGCAGGCCGCCGCCCCGCCGCCGCCGCCUCCUCCCCGCCGCUCCCUCGAGGAGCGGGUCGGCGCCAUCGAGCGCUUGAUCGGGCUAGAGGCGAAAGAGGCGGCGGAGCAGCACGCCGCCGGCCAGCCUAAUCGCACGCACGUGCUCGUGCUUGGCGACCAGGACGAGGCGGCAACGCGCGUGAUCGAGCUGCAGCUCGGCUCGGGGGUGCGCGUCCACUCGAAGGUGACGCUGCUCGGCAGUACCGUCCUGCGCGGGAUGCUCUCGAGCGAGCUGCUGGCGACGAUGGACGACGCCGUCGGCAUGAUCGACUUCGAGAUCGGCUCCAGGGCAGACCGCUUCAUCGGCGCGCCCUUCUCGUCGUUCUCGGUCAUGAUCGCGCUCAAGCGCGCGCGGCGUCAGCUCCCCGAGCCGCCGGGGAGCCGCUAUGACGUGACGCUCGCGCCCGACGAGCACAGCCCAGGCACGCUCAUGGCGGCGGGCGCCGACACGGCCGACAAGCUCGCGGCCAACUUCGCCGUCGCCUUCCCGUUUGCCGCCGCGAUCCCCGAAGACCCGUGCAAGGAGCUCGUGGCGUUGCACCCGUCGUUCGCCAAGGCGGGGCUCGCGAGCUGCCCGGUGCGGACCUUGAGAACCUGUCAUCCGGGCCCGAGACGAGUCGGUGCCCAGCAAAGGGGGCCGCUGUACGAUGAUCGCGGGUACUUUUGA